AAGAAAUCCAGCCAACCGCGAGGGAGAGCAGCGAAGGCGUGGCCACGUGGUCGGUUGGGAAUAUGAACGGCGAGAGGCAACUGUCAGUCUGAGCUCAGAGGAGCUGCAGGGAGAGGGUAUUCACAUCGGCGGGAAACGACAAACAUACAAACAUGUCCCAGCAGGCAGUGAACGGGCUCCAGUCCCGGGGCAAGGUGCUGACUUUGGACAACAUGAACCCGAAUGUGAAGCAGGUCUACUACGCGGUCCGUGGUCCCAUAGUCCAACGAGCGGUGCAGAUAGAGAAGGAGCUAAAAGAGGGAGUCAAGAAACCUUUCACAGAAGUAAUCAAGGCUAACAUAGGUGACGCCCACGCCAUGGGUCAGAAACCAAUCACAUUUCUCAGACAGGUCCUGGCUCUGUGUUCUUACCCUGAACUACUGGAAGACACAAAGUUUCCAGAGGACGCCAAGAAAAGGGCACGACGUAUUCUCGAGGCCUGCGGAGGCCACAGUAUAGGGGCCUACAGUGCCAGCCAGGGCAUCGAGUGCAUCCGUCAGGAUGUGGCACGCUACAUAGAGAAGAGAGAUGGUGGAAUCUCCUCCAACCCUGACAACAUUUACCUGUCCACUGGAGCCAGUGAUGCCAUCGUGACCAUGCUGAAGUUGCUGGUGUGUGGUGAGGGUCGUGACCGUACAGGAGUGAUGAUCUCCAUCCCCCAGUACCCUCUGUACUCAGCCGCACUGGCGGACCUUGGCGCUGUGCAGAUCAACUACUACCUGGACGAGGACAAGUGUUGGGGUCUGGAUGUUGCAGAGCUUAAAAGAUCCCUCAGUGAAGCCAGGCAACACUGCAGUCCCCGGGUCCUUUGCAUCAUCAACCCCGGAAACCCCACCGGUCAGGUCCAGAGCAGGCAGUGCAUUGAAGAUGUGAUCCGAUUUGCUAAAGAGGAGCAUCUCUUCCUUAUGGCUGAUGAAGUCUACCAGGAUAACGUGUAUGCAGAGGGCUGUGAGUUUCACUCCUUUAAGAAGGUGUUGUUUGAGAUGGGACCAGAGUACUCCAACACAGUGGAGAUGGCCUCCUUCCACUCCACCUCCAAAUGCUACAUGGGCGAGUGUGGAUUCCGUGGUGGCUACAUGGAGAUCAUAAACAUGGACCCUGAGGUGAAGGCCCAACUCAUCAAAUUGGUGUCUGUGCGUCUGUGCCCUCCCGUCCCCGGACAGGCCCUCCUGGACCUGGUGGUCAACCCCCCGCAGCCCGACGAGCCCUCAUACGCCACGUUUAUGAAGGAGCGGACAGCAGUGUUAGCAGCUUUAGCGGAGAAGGCCAAAAUAACAGAGCAGAUCUUCAACACGGUACCCGGUAUCACCUGUAACCCUGUACAGGGGGCCAUGUACACCUUCCCACGCAUCACUCUACCUCAGAAGGCCAUCGACAAGGCAGAGGCUGAAGGUCAAGCACCAGACAUGCUCUACUGCAUGAGGCUGCUAGAGGAGGAGGGUAUCUGUCUGGUGCCAGGUAGUGGCUUUGGCCAGAGAGAAGGAACCUUCCACUUCAGGAUGACCAUCUUGCCUCCCACCGAGAAGCUGAAGAUUGUUCUGCAGAAGAUCUCAGCGUUCCACCUGCGGUUCACACAAGAGUUUUCAUAACGAGCCCCCCCCUUCUCCUCCUUCUUGCCACCUUUCGACUACAUCUCAAGAACCAACUCACCGUGUGCCAGUAUCUUCAAGUGCCUUUUGUGCAAAGGAGGCAGCAGGUCCUAACGUCGCCACCUCAAGGCUGAAAUUACACUAGUUCACAUUUUUAAAAAUGUUUUCAGGGUUUUGUAACAAUGAACCUUGAACAUUUCCUUGUUUAGACAGUUCCUGCUCACGUGUAUGCACAACACGUGAAAAUGUAAUUUGCAAAACAUGAUGCACUUUCCCAAAGUAUUAUGGGGCAAGGUUUGUAUUGUUCAAAAAGAUGUGAUAGUUGAUUGUAUACAUGGUGUUCUGUAAAGAGUUAUUUCAGAUGCUGCUAGAGGGGCAUCGAUCUCCUGCCAAGACUUAAACAGCCAAAAUAGUUGGAAGUUUCAAUAUAACAUGUUAGGUGAUUACUUUAAGCUGACUGGCUGUAGAGCCAUUUGUAUCACUAAUGUUUAAAAAGUGUUCUUAAAUGUGAUUAAAAGCACAAAAUUUGUAUGCAA